AUGCUUGAGAAGGAUGAGAUGGCAGUGCCUCAAACAUUUCCACCCAAGAUAAAAGACUCAGGUAAGUUUACUAUCUCUUAUAAUAUUGGUGAACUAAAGAUGCCACAUGCUUUAUGUGAUUCAGGGUCUAGUAUAAAUGCCUUGCCACUGAAUAAGAUGAAAGAAUUGAAAGUGGGUGAGAUCAUAUUGAGUAACAUGAAUCUCACUUUAGAUGAUUCAUCUGUUACUCACCCGCUUGGUAUCUUACGAUACAUGUUAGUACAUAUCGAUGGUUUAGUGUUUCCUGAAGAUUUUGUGGUACUUGAUACGAAAGGAGAUUCAAGAGGGUUGACUAUUCUCGGAUUCCCAUUCUUGGCAACCGGGAAGGCUUUGAUAGAUGUAGAAAAUGGUGAACUUGUCCUUAAUUUCAACAAAGAAAAAAUGGUUUUCAAUAUGUAUGACUAG